AUGCCGAAAGGAAAGAAAAAAGGAAAAUACGAGCACAGAAGAACUGAGUUGCCGUACUCAUCGGACGAAGACGCAGGCAUUGAUAUGACUAUCGACAACUGCUCCGAAACUUCAGGACAGUCGGACCUCAAGAGCAACCACGAUGACGCAGAAAAUGAAGCCCAAGAAAAACAAGAAGAGAAAGUACUGGAGAUCAUGGAGGCUCUGAGUGCCCGCUCAAACGCAGCUCGCGCGGGCGCAUUCGUGGCCUUGCGGGCCGCGCUACAACGUCGCGCUUUCGACACCUUGCUCUGCAGUCACCGCGCCACGCUCGCCGACCACAUUUCACGAGCGUUGAGGAGGGGGAAAGAUGGAGAGAGAAAGGCUGCUGCAGCUGUAGCGCCGUUGGUGGCAUUGCAGAUUGGAGAGGAAGGCACAGAAGAAUUCGUUGCCGAAGUUCGUCCUGCGCUCACUGCAACUGCUGCGGACAAAACUGCUUCACUUGAAACACGCACUGAGUGCUGCUCAUCACUGGCUGUGCUUUGCUACUUAAUGGAGGAUGACGUCACCGAGAUCUUGGAAGUUAUGCGGGUUUACGAAACCAUCUUCAGCGGCAGCUAUCUCAAGGGCGACGGCAGCGUGAAGACGUCGGGGUCUGCGGUGGAGGAGGGCGCGUGGCACGCGGCGGCGCUGGAGGCGUGGGCGCUGCUGCUGUCGCUGCUGGCGCCGGAGCACGCGCGCCAGCUGCUGCGCUCGACGCCGCCCGGCGUGGCGCGCCUGGCGCACCUGCUGGAGGCGCCCGCGCUCGACGUGCGCGUGGCGGCCGGGCCCGCGCUGGCGCUGGCGCACGAGUGCGCCACGGCCGACGACGCCGACGCCGCGCCCGACCUGGCGCCGCACAUCGACGCGCUGCUGCCGCUGCUGGCCGAGCUGGCGCGCGACUCGCACAAGUACCGCGCCAAGCGCGACCGCAAGCUGCAGCGCGCUACCUUCCGCGACGUGCUCAAGUAUUUCGAGGAGGGCACGGUCCCCGCGGCGUCGGUGCGCGUGGGCAGCGAGACGGCGGCGUGGGAGUCGUGGUGCGGCGCGGCCGCGUACGGCGCGCUGGCCGCGGCGCUGGGCGGCGCGCUGCAGCCGCUGGCGCUGCGCUCCGCGCGCCUCCGCGCCGCGCUGGCGCUGGCCGACGCGCCGCCCGCAGACCUGCUGCAGCGCACACACAAGCUCAACAAGCUGCAGCGGCAUCUCCAAAACAACGCAGCGUGCAAAGCCCGCACGCUCGCCCGCAACAAGAACCGCGACAAGCGCUCGGCCGCGCUCGCCAUGUGA